GCACGGGGCAGGGGUGGGCUUUGGGGCACUGACUGGCUCCCCUCUUUUGCGGCUGUGCAGGGGGGCGAGAAGCAGCGCGUCUUCACCGGCAUCGUCACCAGCCUCCACGACUACUUCGGGGUGGUGGAUGAAGAGGUUUUCUUCCAGCUGAGCGCGGUGAAGGGCCGGAUCCCGCAGAUCGGGGAGAAGGUGCUGGUGAAGGCGGUCUACAACCCGAGCCAAGCCGUGCCCUGGAACGCCCUGAAAGUGCAGACGCUGUCCAACCAGCCUCUGCUUAAGACGCCCGCGCCUCUUCUGCAUGUGGCGUCCUUGGGGCAGAAGCAAGGGAUCCUGGGGGCCCAACCCCAGCUGCUGUUCCAGCCACACAGGAUCCCCCCGCUCUUUCCCCAGAAGCCAAUCAGUCUCUUUCAGUCAUCUCCAUCUCUACACUUGGGACAUGUUGGAAGAUACCCUGCACGGGGCCCCAAAAUCAGGCAGGACACAGGCAGAUGGGACGAUUUUGAAUCAAAAAAGCGGAAGCAGAAAGGAGGUGAGCCUUGGGGGGUGAAGAAGCCACGCCAUGAUCCUCCUCAGUACCGGGUCCACUUUGCCCGCUAUGCUGUGGACAGCACAUUUUGUGAUGCCAUGGAGAUCUUGCGACGGUAUUGCAGCAUCCAGCUGCCCCCGGAGUUUUAUGACCUGCGCAUAUGCUGGCCAGACACGUUCCCUCUCACAAGGCCGCUUCCUCUAAGGCAUCCCAGCCGCAUCCAGGUAGCAGAGCCGGAGGAGCUGACAGAAGGAGAGGAGGACACAGGGCAAGAGGUGACACUGGAGGAGGCGGAUGCUGCAUUUGCUGCCAAGGUGAUGCUGUUGUCCUCCCCUGGGCUGGAGGAGUUCUACCGCCACUGCCUGUUGUAUAUUGAAGAUCCUGGGGGGCAGAGGGAGACCCCAGAGCACCCCACAAAGUUAAUCAAGUUUCUGCUUGGGAAGAAGGAGGAUGAAGCUGUGCUGAUAGGAGGGGAGUGGGUGCCAUCUAUGGAUGGGUCAGACCCUGAUGCUGACCCCAUGGUUCUGGUUCGCACAGCAAUACGCUGCACCAAGGCACAGACGGGCCUGGACCUGAGCAGCUGCACCAAGUGGGUCCGUUUUGCUGAGUUCCGGUACCUGCACCAGGGUGAGCCGGCACAGCAGGAGAAGGUGGUGGUGUUCCUUCCUGACGUGUGGAGCUGUAUGCCAUCCUUGGAGCAGUGGGAGGCCCUCUGUCAGCAGAAAGCUGAGAAAGUCCCUCUGCCACCCCCCUCCCCAGAGAAGGGAGACAUGGAAGUGGAAAGCCCUGAGCAGCACACAGAGGCCAAUGAACUGGCAGCAGUAGCCUCAGAGGAGGCUACUGCUGCCACACCUGGACCACAGGAUCCAGAACCUGAGCCAGAGCUGGAACCCCCCACACCCCCACUCGAACCUGCCAUCAUGGCCCACCCAAGCACAAGGGGUGGGCAACCCAGCUGCUCCAACCUGUCACUCCACACCCUGCUGGAGUACAGGCAGCGCAGGGAAAAGCUCUCCUUUGAGGUGGCUGUGGUGGCCGAGCUCUUCCAGGAGAUGCUGCAGCGGGAUUUUGGCUACAAGAUCUACAAGGCACUGCUGACCCUACCACAGAAGGAGCCGCCAGAGGCCAAGAACCAGGAGCCAGAGAGAGCAGCUGAGCCCCUCGAGAAAGCCCAAGAGAAAGACUUGAAGGAGGAAGAGGCCCACGAGACUCCCACGGUUGAGGGGGCAACAGCCAGCAACCAAGAGCCAGCACAGCCUCCACAGAUGGAGCACACCGGGAAUGCAGAGGUGGAGUGUCAGCAGCCAGCAGGCAGUGAGGAGGCCAAAGUGGAUGAGAGGGUCAAAGAUGAAUGCAAAACGGAGCCCAGGGACUCCACUGAUGAGCUGUGCAUGCUGAGCCUGGAGGAUGACCUGCUGCUGCUCCGGGAGGAUGAGGAAGAGGACUUUGGUGCCAAGCUGGACGACUCUGAAGUGAGAUCCAAUGCGUCUAACCAGUCUGACAUGGAGUUCUCCUCGUUCCAUGAUGCGCCCAAGGAGCUGGAUCCAAGUGCUGUGCUGCCCCUCGAUGCCCUCCUGGCCUUUGUCUACUUUGACCUCAACUUCUGUGGCUACCUGCACCGACGGGACCUGGAGAAGAUCCUGCUGACGCUGGGGCUGCACCUCUGCAAGGAGCAGGUGAAGCGCCUCGUGAGCCGGGUGGUGACCCAGUAUGUGUGCCAAUACCGAAACCUCGGCUACAGCCGGCAGGAAGGCCUGGACCCUGGCACUAUUGACCAGCUGCCAGAGGAGGAGCUCUUGGGAAAUCUCUUUCUGCUGCCCCCUUCCACAGCCUCAGCUGGGGUACCUGCCCAGCCCAAGGCAGUGGUGGAGCAUGGAGACCUUGUCUCCCAUAAUGGGACGGUGCUUAAUGUGGGGAAGCUGCUGGAGAAGGCAGAGCAGACUGAGAGUGGCCGGCUGUACCUGGAAAGCAAGAUCCAUACGCUGGAGGUCAAGCUGGAAGAGACGCAGGUCCGCUUCUCAGCGACAGAGUCGACCAACAAAACCCUAGUGUCUGAGCUGCAGGAGCUGCAGAAGCGCCUGACAGAGGCAGAAGAGCAGGCAAGAGCAGCAGAGAGGCAGAAAGCUCACUUCCAGCGCCUGCUGCAGGAGAACAAGAAGCGCCUGGCCCCGCUACAGCUGGAGAUUCAGAGGAUCAUUGAGAAGACUAAUAACUGCUUAGAGAAGAAGGAACCUGCACCCAGCAACUGACAGCUGUUGCCCUGGCAGGUGCAAGGGGCAUAGCUGGCGUCCCACCCAGAUGCUGGAAGAACCACUGGGGUCAGCAAUUGAGGGCAAGAUUCCAACAAACCUUUUUUAGUAACUUGAACCCCUUUCACUGCCAGAGGCUGGUGCUCAUCCUGUGCACAGGGAAAGGAUUACAGCCAGCUGGUCUGGGCCAAGGGAGCGGCUGCAGGGACAGAGACUUGUACCUUGCAAGCAGGAGACAUGUAGGUAGAAGGCCUAGGAGCCAGGCAAGCACUCGUGUCCCAGAUGCAAGGAGCGGAAGCUGAAGCACAGGUGCCUGCUGUUGCUGAAAGCGGGCUUGUGACGGCAGCGUUGCAGCCGAGGACGAGGUGACCAGGGUCCUCUUAACCCUGUCCAGCUUCUGCUCCUUGUGGAGAUCCCUGGGCUUAGAGGAGGGCAAUCCUUUUUCCUCUUGGCCGCAGAGGAUUUCAGUGGGCUACAGGGCUCGAGUCAAAUCCCAUGGGGCUGCUGCUUUCAGUGACACAGGCUAAUCAGGGGCAUUUAGUUAGAGUCCCUUAAGCUGGUUGGUAGUGUGGUGCAACAUGCAAACUUGAAACUCACCUUUUUGAGCUAAAGGGGACAGAAAGACAACAAUUUGUGCAGAGUAGCAGCUCGUAAGCAGGUCUUUGUUGAAGCACUAGAUUUAAACUCACC